UAUGACGCGGGAAGGCGGAAGCGGUGGCGGGAUGGGGCGGUGCGGGGCCGCGCUGCGCCUGGCCCUGGAGGGAAACAUCGCCGUGGGGAAAUCGACCUUCCUGAAGCUGCUGGGUGCCACCUUCCCGCAGUGGCACCUGGUGACAGAGCCCGUGGCACAGUGGCGCAAGGUGCCGGCCAGCAGCGCUGCCCAGGCGUCCGUGGGCUCGGCCAACCUGCUGCAGAUGAUGUACCAGGAGCCAGCCCGCUGGUCCUACACCUUCCAGACCUUCUCCUGCAUCAGCCGGCUGAAGGCGAUGCUGGAGCCGCCGGACGAGGGGCCCCCCGGGACCCCCCACCCCGUGAGGGUCUUUGAGCGCUCUGUGUUCAGUGACAGGUAUGUCUUUGCCAAGAACCUCUUCGAGGCCGGGCACCUGCAGCCCCUGGAAUGGGCCAUUUACCAGGACUGGCACGAUUUCCUGCUGCGGCACCUGGGGGCCCACGCCGCCCUCCACGGCUUCCUCUACCUGCAGGCCAGGCCCCAGGAUCCACUUUGCGGACGCGCAGCGCGCGCCCGUCCUGGUGCUGGACGUGGACAAGGACUUCGAGCACGAUGUGGCCCUGCAGGGCGUCCUCAUGGCGCAGGUGGAGGCCUUCGUGGCAUCCCUGAGCGCCGGCACUUCACCGUCACCUCCCGACCCUCUCGGAGCCGGGGAAGGGGCAUCGUCCUCCUGAAGACCCCGAUCCCAAGGACAAGGGACAUGUCCUGGUCCCCAGCCGCGCCCUCAGCCUGUUUGUCCUGGACGAGGGGUGGAUUUGAGGCGGAUCCUCAGAGGCGCAGCCGUGUGAGGAGUUUUGGGGGCAGAGGGGGCUCCCCAUGCUCGGGGGACCAGGUCCUUGCUGUGACCCCCCUCCCCACCUUUAGGGAUCCCCGGCUGGGGGUGCUCCCUGAGGUUGGUUUCGUGCACUGGUUGAAUUCCGACGGAAAAUCCCCCGCGUUGAAGUUACACCCGACCCCCGUACUUUAUUUUGUUAUUUUGUUAUUUUGGUUUUUUGUAUCUAAUUUUUUCCCCUUAAAUUAAGAUCAAAUCCCU